CCCACCCUUAGCAACCGCAUUCUUGCGGCCCUGGGAUUGGCUGCCGCGGAGCCAAUCGAUGGCCGUAGCCUGCCAAUGUUGCAAUUUUCAAAUUCUCGCUGGGAAGCUCAACGCAGGAAGCUCAGCUGCCUCGCUUUGCUUGGCAAGACUGAAGCCAGAAGGAUGCCUGCUCCUCGCAACGUCAAGAGUGCAGCAAGCAAGCAGCCCGGGCUGGGCCGAGCAGUAGCUGUGGAGAAUGCCCACGCCAAGAAGGAGGAGAGCGCCCAGGCCAAGCGGUCCCCUUCCUCGCCCCAGGGGGCACCCAAAAAGCGCUCUGCCUUUGGGGACAUCACCAACGCUCACAAGGCUCGGCAGAUAACGGGAAAGAAGGAGGCAGCAAAAGCGACUUCGAGGAAGGCAUCAAAGGCGUCGGCUGUGCUGGUUGUGGCCAAGAACAAUGAGAUCAACCUGAAAAAGUCCCUGAGCAAAAUCCCCUCGGAGGAUGAGCCCGCCAAGUCUGAUCAUGUUGCCAAGGAAAGCCUGGUCGAGGAGGAGGAUCCUUUGUUGGUGCCUGUGCGUCAAAAGGUAGUUCCAGUGGAAGACAUAGACCAGGGCCAGCUGAGCGAUCCUUACGCCAAUGCGGAAUACGCCAAGGAUAUCUUCACCUACAUGCGAGAACGUGAGGAGAAAUUCUUGCUCCCAGACUACAUGGAGAAUCAGCCGGACAUCACCAGGGACAUGCGGGCCAUCCUGGUGGACUGGAUGGUGGAAGUGCAGGAGAACUUUGAGCUCACCCACGAGACGCUCUACUUGGCGGUCAAGCUGAUGGACCACUACCUGGUGAAAGUGGCCACCAUGCGGGACAAGCUGCAACUGAUUGGCUCCACGGCCAUCCUCAUCGCCUCCAAGUUCGAGGAGCGCUGCUCGCCCUGCGUGGAUGACAUCCUGUACAUCUGUGACGACGCGUACAAGAGAGACGAGCUCCUCUCCAUGGAAAUCAGCAUCUUGCAGACGCUUGACUUUGAUAUCAACAUCCCCGUCGCCUACCGCUUCCUCCGGCGGUUUGCCAAGUGUGCCCACGCCACCAUGGAGACCCUGACCCUGGCCCGCUUCAUCUGUGAGCUGACCCUGCAAGAGUACGACUUUGUUCAGGAGAGCGCCUCCCGCCUGGCCGCCAGCUGCCUCCUCCUGGCCCUCAAGAUGAAGAGCCUCCAAGGCUGGACCCCCACCCUCGAAUACUACAGCGGCUACAAAGCCCAGGACCUCCCGUCUCUGGUGAAGAGGCUCAACUUCCUCCUGACCUACGGGCAAGAUGACCGGCUCAAGGCUGUGCGCAGCAAAUACUCCCACCGGGUCUUCUUUGAGGUGGCCAAGAUGGAGCCCAUGGACAUGCUGAAGCUGGAGGAAGCUUUGCAGAGCUAAUGCUGGCCAUGCAGGGUGGAGCAGCCGGAGUGUAAAUUGCCUGUAAAUAGAUGAGAGCCCACAAGGCUUGUACAUACUUUCAUUUUUUUUAAAAAGGGGGGAGGGAUGUGGGAAAAAAUUAAAUGCAAAUGUAGUGUUGUGGGGAAAAAUAAAAGGACAUGUUUGAAUAAAACGCUUUAAAAUA